AUGGACGAGCUCAACGAUCAACGAGAACAUGCGCCCAGCUUCCCAGUCCCUGCUCGGAGAUUGGGGGCGCUUGAGCAUCCCAUGAUAAUAAAAAAUGUGGACAAGGCUAUGAACACAUUCCCUUCACACUACUCACUCGAGGCUAUCGUCGACUCAUCCAGCCCUCAAGUAUCGAUCCCACUUUAUCUACGACACAGUGACCCGACAGUGAGGCCAAUUGUCUCGCACAAUGCUCUCACUCACAAUGUUGUCGUCAAAGUUACGGUGCCUAAGCGUACAGGAAGGAAGCGCAAACGUGGGACUGAUGGCCCCUUCGAGGGACCCGUCGUCGACAAUACGACAAACAACCCCAAUGAGGAAGUCUUUUCUCGAGACCGACUAGACGCCCCUCGCAUCCUCCGCCAAAAGCUCAGCGACAAUGUAGGAAAAUACACCCUCGAGCCCAUCGGCGUCAUCACCAACACGCACCGUUACCGUGGCCUCGCCGACUUCCAGUACGCCAUGGGCAACUCCCCAUUCAUGUCCCGGUUCGUCGACCAAGUGCUGCCAGGCGAUGUCGCCAAGCUCAAGGAGUUCGCCAUCCAGCCGGGCAUCGAAUCCGGGAAGAACAUCGACCUGAUCCCACCGCCUAAUUUCACGCCCAUGAGCCUGCCCUUUCAAUACGGCUACGCCCAGAACCCGUACACCAAGGAGAUUAGCCCCGGCGCCGAGUUCCGGCGCGUGGUCAACGUCACCUCCCGUGUGCCCGCAGCCGGUUAUUUCAUCGCGCACGACGAGUACCCCGUUCCCUCUGCUCCACGACGCCAGCCCAACCUAGCCGACCCACAAGUCGCUCUUAUCAUGAAGGAAAUGUGGGCGGCGAUGGAGGAGCGGCCGAUCUGGACACGGCGCAGCAUGUGGAACCGGCUGGGCUCCAAGUUCGCCUCGUUGCCCAAGAGUGGCUCUUUGGUCAGGCACUGCCUGCAAUACGCAGGAUACCAGUUCAAGGGCGGACCAUGGCGCGAUGCGCUGGUCAAAUAUGGCCUCGACCCCCGUUCGGAUCCCAAGUACCGCAUCUACCAGACCUUGAUCUUCAAGCUGCACAAGACCCGCAUCGGCACCGUCGGCCGCGAGUGGAAGGCCGUCCGCCGGUCUGAGCUGGGCGUCACUAACUUUGGCAAGUACUGGAACAGCUACGGCGAGAGCGCCAAUCUGGGUAGAGGAUCAGAGCGCCGCUCGCGCGAGACGCACGUGUUCACGGGCGAAUCGUUCAGCACCGACGGCAAAGUCUGGCAGGUGUGCGAUAUCACGGACCCUCUCCUCCGCCGACUCUUCGAGAACGCCGAGGUGCGACCAGAGUGCGACACGGAGAUUUCGGGAUUCUACCAUCGCGUGCUCUGGUCGGUGGCGAAAGCCAUCAUGAAGUGCAAGAUGCUCGCCAUCCGGUUCGGCCGCACGCUGUCGGACGACGAUUUUGGGUGCACGUUGGAAGCCGUCAAGGGCCCGCAUGACGGUGGUGAUGGUGGGAGCGGGACUAGUAUUGGCAUCACCCUGCCUGAUCUGCAGCUCACGGCCAAGGAGUGCGAGCAGCUGAGGGGAAGAAACAAGAUCAAGCCAGGUCUUAAGCAGGGUCGUGAUCGGUGGGAGGAGAGGAAGAAGAAGACGCAUUACAGGGUUAGAAUCCCCCUGAAAGAAGUGGAGGAGCGCGAGGCAGAGAAGAUGGCGAUUUUGUUGGGCAUCGGGCUCAAGCCGAGAGAGAAGAGACGGGCUGCUGCUUCGGCUGAUGCUUCUAACCUCGAAGUUCCAUCUGAGUCUGCUGCUGCUGCUGCUGCUGCUGCGACAAGCACGGAAGAAGCGGAUGAAGUACCACUUGACCCAGCACUAGCGAAUAUCGGGCGCGAAUCACCUCGUGGCGAUGCCACUGCCACCACUGGCACAACUACCAAGAAACCAUCACCAGCCGCCACCGAUGGCAAGAACCAAACCACUACCGCCAAACCACAAGCUUCACAAGAAGGCGAGGAAGAAGAAGUCCAAGCCCCCAAAAUCCUUCAAGACAUCUUCGAAGACGAAGAAGAAGAAGAAGAAGAGUUCGAAGGUCUUUCCGACGACGAAGAAGGAGGUGAAUUUAGUGACGGCGACGGCGACCUUCUCGGGGACGAAGAAGAUGAUGACGACGAGAGGCGUGGUAUCUACGACGACGAGGAGGAGGAAGAAGAGGUCGAAGAAGAAGACGACGAAUACGGCGGCUAUAGAACCGAGGCCGGAUACCGCACUGAUGGGGGUUAUCAGACUGACGGGGGCUACCAGACUGAGGCGGGUUACCGCACUGAUGGUGGUUACAGGACUGAGGGAGGGUACGGCUAUAGGACUGAUAAGGAGGUUGGGGAUGAAGAGGAUGAGGAGGAUGAUGAGAGUGAGGAGGACGAGGACAUGGAGGGUGAUGGUGGUGAGGAGUUGGAGAGGGGAAGACCUCGUCAUAGGCAGCCACAGCCACAGCCCCGGCCCCAGCCUCGACCCCAAAUCCAGGCGGCGUGGGAUGAAGAGGAUGUGGACAUUGACGAAGAGGAUGAUGAGGAGUAUAGCGACUAUUAA